AUGUUUAUGCUCCGCAACGUGAGCAAGUACAUCUUUGGAGACACCUCCAAGGAAUCCAUAAUUGAGAUCCCGCAAGGCCAACUAUACCUAGUUCGCCCUCUAUCGCCCAAGGGCUACUCCGAGCUUAUAUUCAAGGACGCUGCUGCCUCCAUCAGACGCACUGGCCAGGAUUUCCAAUACCAACUCGUUAUCCAGAGAGCGUACGAGGAAGGUGAAGAGGAGCUAGCUGAGGAGGACGACGAACAGGGUGGAGCUGACGGCUUGGAUAAAGACGAAAAAACUUUUCUCUUUGACCAGGCCUUACACUUCCGCUCCGAGGUUCGCGAAGGGGGCGCCAAGAUCCUGGCGUGGAGAGAUUUAAGUGGUGAUAUCGGCGAUCUUUUCGAAUUCGUUUGCGACCCUUCGGUGCCUUCGGAUAAAGUAACCACCUUUAAGUUGGCCGCGCUGCAGUGCCAAUACGAACGGAAAUACCGACGCACCGCUCAGCGGGCCACUGAACAGGAACUUCAAGAGUUCUCUUUCCAGGAAGAACGACCCAUUCCUUCCGCGAGCCCUAUCGCUUCGCCCACCAAAUCUCGUACCCACUCCUCGGCGUCCGGGGACUCGACUGCGGCCAUGGCGAAAGACGUGGAAUAUGCGAAAGCCAAGGGCCAAAUCAAGCCUGCCGGUGAUGGGGAAGAGUCCACCGUGGCUCCUCCCUCGGCGGCUCAACCCGAGGCGAGAGAGAUUCUUGCUAAGGAAACGGCGGAACUGCAUCUUUUCGACUUCCAAUCCGGCACUUUCGUCCUGCAGGAUUCUAAGAUUGUGGCUACCGUUUCGGAAGUCGGUGACUGGCAAUACUGGCUCCAAAUUAGUGGCGAAGAAAAAGAGUGGCUUGGCCAAGCCGUAGUUGCGGAUAUCAACCCCGUUUUCAACUUUGAAUAUCUCUCGUUUAUCUUCAACGCCUACGAUGAAGAAGGCGCCGCGUUCUCCUGGCUCCUGCGCUUCAACGAUCAAGCAACCGAAGAGAGGUUCCAGGAAGGUCUAAUGCAGGCUCUUUGGGAACAGCUGAACGAGAUGAAGUGGACCAAGGUCAAGGAAAAUGACCGGGAGUAUGUUUUGGAUGCCUUCCAAGACCUCACCAUGGAGGACACCGAAGCGGAAGAGCAGCAGGCCGAAGAGGAAGAAGCCGAAGAAGAAGAGGAAGAGGACCAGGACGACGGUCAGCGGAGCGAACGUUAUGACACCGAUGAAGAGGAAGAAGAUGUGGUUACACGCGACGAUGAUGGAAAUGUCAACUCUCAGCUUGCAGUUGGCUAUAAACACGAUAGAUCGUUUGUUGUUCGUGGCUCCAAGAUCGGUGUCUUCAAACACACUCCGAACAACAACCUUGAGUUCUCGACCAAUAUUUCUAAGGUGGAAACCCCCAAGGGCAAGUUGUUCAGCCCGAAGAAGGUCAUGUUGCACGCGGAAGACUCGAAUAUGAUUCUCCAGAACGGCGACGACCCCAACUCUUUGUACCGUAUGGACCUUGAAUACGGGAAGAUUGUCGAUGAGUGGAAGGUUCACGACGAUAUCCCAGUGCACACCUUCGCACCUGAAAACAAAUUCUCUCAAAUGACUUCGGCUCAGCCGUUCAUCGGUGCUUCCCAGAAUGCACUAUAUCGGAUUGAUCCUCGUUUAGCCGGGAACAAACUGGUGGAUGCAGAACUGAAGCAGUAUGCCAGCAAGAACGACUUCUCGUCUGUUGCUACGACUGAGAAGGGAUACCUCGCUGUCGCGUCGAACAAGGGCGAUAUUCGGAUGUUCGACCGCCUGGGAAUCAACGCCAAGACUCAUAUUCCUGCCCUUGGAGAGCCGAUCAUCGGUCUGGAUGUGUCUGCGGAUGGUCGCUGGGUAUUGGCAACCUGCCGAACCUAUCUGCUCCUGAUCGACUCGCUCCAAAAGGAGGGAAAGAAUGAAGGCAAACUUGGUUUUGAGCGCUCGUUCGCUAAGGACUCGAAGCCUCAACCUCGACGUCUGGGUCUUCAACCUGCACAUGUUGCCCAGUUCCAGCAUGAAACCAAGAAGCCCAUUGCUUUCACCCCUGCUCGCUUCAACACCGGAGUUGACAGCGAAGAAACGUCUAUCAUCACGGCGACGGGUCCUUUCAUCAUCACCUGGAGCUUGAAGAAGGUCACCACUGGUCGGAAAGACCCAUACACCAUUAAGCGAUACUCGGAGGAAGUCAUGGCGGACAACUUCCGAUUCGGGUCAGAUAAGAAUGUCAUCGUCGCCCUGCCAAACGAGGUCAACAUGGUAGCGAAGAAGAGCCUCCAGAGACCCACUCGCGAGAGCAUUGCAGGUCCUCCUGUUACUCCGAGUCGCCGGAGCACCCGUUGGGGAAGCCGACUGGGACGAGAUGAGAUCGUCAACUCUCCUUAUUAA